AAACUUCAACCGAGUAGAAAAAAUAAUCUAAAUAAAUGUUGUUGCUUUUGUUUAUGAACAAAACUAUAAUUAUCCGUUCGAGGACUUCAUAGGUUUUAAAAGUUUGACCAAAGUACAAUUGUGAUCAAGUCCAUCCGGUUGAAUCAUAUUUGGUUUCAGGGAUUGUUCUGCUUGAAAGUGUUUCACGUUCAUCUUUCACACAGCCAGUACAUUGAAUAUUUUAAACAAAGAUUGUGAAUCAAAAUAAAUAGUAUUUAAUUUUAAUUCAAACUGUUUGCUGAUUUUUACUCUUUGGUAAAGAAUUGUUUUUUAUGCUAAUAGAUCGUGCUGGAGGUAACUGAAAGAUGACCUUUUAGAGAUGGCAAAUCUUAUUUCAAACUUCGAAUCCACGUAGCAGUGAAGAUUAAACGUUACGAUGGCCGAUCGCUACUACCGCCUUAUCACCUUGCUCGUCGAUGUUUGCACGCCUGUUCUUAGACAGAUUUUUCUGUUCUAUGCAAAGGCGGAUACUUCCACGCAGUUCAUAAACACCCAACAAUACAUGUCAGCAAAGCAAUCAAUUGUUCGUCAGUUAAGAGGUCUCCCGAAGCAUAUUUAUGAGAAGAUUUACAAUUCAGGUCCUAUUGACGAUAGUAAAUGGGACAUUACUGCCAUAACGUGUUUGCUUCUUGGCAUUUUUAGUUUGCCAAUACACGUGAAAGCCAGCGUUGAACAGAUAAGAUCUGAAAGAAACAAUCUUCAGCAUAUUAAACAGCUACAAAGCUUAUCGGAGCAAGAGUAUGAAAGUACAUGGAGGUCAAUAGAACAAAGUAUUCGCCAACUCGUUUCAAACUUGUCUCCCGGAUGUCAACAACAGACUGCAGAAAACAUAAAUAAUGCAAGAUUAGGUAACUUUCCAAAUAUGUGCAAUACUUUCACAACUUGGUGUCUAAGUUUGGCCGGUCACCUAGAAGAAGUGAAAGAGAAUACAAACGUAACAAGACGGAUUGUAGAAAAUGUCGCAGAGAAACGAGUGGACAGCCAGGGCACAGUUGUCAAGCGAUUUAAAGCAGUUGAUGACAUUUUGAAGCGUAUGAAAGAAUGCUUUGACUCAACGAUGUCUAGAGAGCUCCUGGAUGAUUUUGAGCCGCCCGAUUGUAUUGCACAAAUUCGAGACUAUCUCCGACAAAAGCGACAUGUUAUUGUCACAGGGACCGUUGGUCGAUCAUAUCUGAAGGUGGCAUUGACUGCAAUAAAAGACGUAAAUACACAUGGACCUAAUGUAAGUGCUGAGAUAUCUUUCCCAAGCGAUUGGCGCCAUAUUGAUCCGUCAGAGAUAAAAUUUAUUCUUUGCACAAACCCUUUUGGUGUCCACGAUUUUGACGCACAAAAGGCGCGAGCGAUGCUUGAUGUUCUAUGUCAGAUAAUGAAUUCUGCUUAUGCCGGAGAGUUGACGCUUGCAAUCGUGACAAAGAAAGAUGUUCUCGUUCAAGCUCAAGAAGUGUUCGGGAAGGACCAUGAUGUGUUGCAAAACAUUGUUGAACCAUAUGCUGAAACAUCAGUAAAUCAUCCGGAAAUCAUUUACUCUAUAAUGAGUUCCUGCUAUCUUGCACAAAUAGAAGAACUGCCACUGAAGAAAUCAGUAUUCGAAGACGCAAAAUCUACGUUGAAGAAAGAAAGAGUCGUUAUUCUUGUGGGUAGAAAUGAGCUUCUCAUCCGUUCCUGCAUAAAACAAUUAGCCGAACAGUUUGCACCAAACAAUUGUUUGGUAAUGAGUAAUCCAGAUGACAUCAAACAUCUAGAUGCGGGAGCGGCAAUGGCGGUAUUUCUCCACAUCACGGAACAGUUUACAUUCGAUUUGGGCAAAAGUCGUCGAUGGUUCGAAUACUUUGAUUUCAUUCAUGCUCUUGUGAAAUCAAACAAACUCCGCGUUGUACUGACGUUUGAUAAGUCGGCCCUAAAGCGCUGCAUCACCAAAAUCAAUGACCAUGAACUGCUGAAGCACAAAGUAACAAUUGCAUUCAGGGACGUUGAAGAAAGUCGAAUAAAAACGGAGGCAACAGCUGAGGACGAACUUCCAUCAGCAGCCCCAGGUCCUCCAGACAGCAUGAUUCAGAUGUUCCCCGUACUGUCAGUCACCUAAUUCACAUCAACCUACCAAGCGGGAAUGUUUUUAAAGAUAUAGCCUUGCUGUCGUACAACAGUCUUCUUAUGACAGAAACUCAAUCAAUUAUAUUACUGAAUCUACAAUCGCAGUCUAUCACUUCCUUGAAAUCCGACACGAUGAAUAAUUGUCGCAUAACUCGAGUCUCUGAUACAAGAGCGGCCGCUUUUGAGAAAGAUGGAAACGUUGUUAAGUUCAUCUCCGUGUCUGCCACUGACCAGAUGUCCUGGGACGGUGAGAUAAAUGUUGAUGGGAAAUGUCGGGUAGCUGCCUGUGCCGGGGACAGGUUGUUUGUUUGUAUACAAAACGCAUAUAACAAACGCAAUAUAAACGUGAUAGAUCUAGAGGGAAAAGUACUGAAAACCAUACACGGAAAUUAUUUCUUUCCGACAUUUGAAAGAAAUGGGGAUCUAAAUCUUUGCAGCUAUGCUAGUCAUGACGUUUUAGUGCGCUAUGGCGAUGUAGUAACACGAUAUUCAAACGAUGGAACGGAGCAGCAGUCAACUAAUAUAAAGAAACAAAAGGAGAAAUAUAGUAACUGUCUCACAUCAGACUGGUCAGGUUAUCUCUAUUGCAGUGAACGUUAUGGAAACAUCGUGUAUCAGGUGUCAUUAGAGAGCGGCAGCGUGACAAUGCUGCUGGGCGAGUGUCACGGGAUCUGUAAAGUUAAGGGUUUGGACUACUGCAAUACGGAGGAUAAA